GCGGCCAAACCAGUGCGCACACGCGCGCGCUUCCCGCGGAACUCCCGCCGGCUCUCGGCUCUCCCGGCGGCGCGCCCGAGCCGCCGCGGCCGCCGCCAACAUGGCCGAGACCAGCGAGGAGGUGGCGGUGCUGGUGCAGCGGGUGGUGAAGGACAUCACCAACGCCUUCAGGAGGAACCCGCACAUAGAUGAAAUUGGCCUGAUCCCAUGUCCUGAAGCUAGGUAUAACCGGAGUCCCAUAGUCCUGGUUGAAAACAAACUUGGUGUGGAGAGCUGGUGUGUCAAGUUCCUUUUACCAUAUGUCCACAACAAGCUCCUUUUGUACAGAACGAGAAAACAAUGGCUGAACAGAGAUGAAUUGAUAGAUGUCACAUGCACCCUGCUGCUUCUAAACCCAGACUUUACCACUGCAUGGAACGUGAGGAAAGAGCUGAUCCUCUCUGGCACUUUAAAUCCAAUUAAAGAUUUACAUCUGGGAAAACUGGCCUUAACUAAGUUUCCAAAGAGUCCAGAAACAUGGAUUCACAGGAGAUGGGUGCUACAACAGCUAAUUCAGGAAACCUCCUUGCCUUCCUUUGUAACCAAAGGAAACUUGGGAACAAUUCCUGCAGAAAGGACACUUCGGCUAAUACAAGAAGAGAUGGAGGUCUGUGGUGAAGCAGCAGGGAGAUACCCAAGCAACUAUAAUGCCUGGUCCCAUCGCAUCUGGGUUUUACAGCACGUGGCCAAGCUAGAUGUCAAGAUUCUUCUUGAUGAACUAUCUUCUACUAAACACUGGGCGUCCUUGCACGUUUCAGACCACAGUGGAUUUCACUACCGCCAGUUUUUGUUAAAGUCUUUGAUUAGCCAAACUGUGAUAGACAAUUCUGUUUUGGAGCAAAACCCUUUGAGAAGUGAGCCAGCCCUGCUUCCAAAAGAUGAAGAAGCAGCAGCUUCAACAGAGGAACCAAGGAUAAAUCUUCCUCAUCUUCUAGAAGAAGAAGUUGAAUUCAGCACUGAUCUUAUCGAUUCCUACCCAGGACAUGAAACCCUUUGGUGUCAUAGGCGGCAUGUUUUCUAUCUUCAGCAUCAUUUACAUGGUAGGUUUCCUCACAGCAUGACCCAGUUGUCACCUGCAGACAGCCCUGGGGGGACUUUGAGUGACUUGCAUCUUAUUCCAGCUGGCCCCCAACUGUCUCAGGCAAUGGAAGUGGAUGGACUGAAUGACUCAAGCAAGCAAGGCUAUUCCCAAGAAACCAAACGCCUAAAGCGGACCCCAGCUGCAGACUCCCUAGGCCUAGAAAUGGAGCACAGGUUCAUUGAUCAAGUGUUGUCCACUUGCCGGGACGUAGAACAAGCCAGGUUUGCCAAUGCAUACAGGAAAUGGCUGGUUACUUUGAGUCAAUGAAAGAGGUGGAUUAGUCCUACAAAGUUCCCCUUUUAGUGCAAUAUUGCUUUCUUUUACAUUGCAUGAACUAUUUACUAUUAUUGACUAACCAUAUUUUCUU